AUGGCGACCAACUCUAACACUUCAGAGGCGCGGCCGCCCAAGGCCUAUUCCUGUGUCCGUUGCUUCGAGCGCAAGGUUAAAUGCGACAAGGAGCAUCCCUGUAGCGGCUGUGUGCGCUCCAAGGUCGAAUGGCAAGUUUCAUCAUGCUUCUUCAUUGCUCCUUGGUGUCAAUGCGAAGCGAGAUCCAUCGAGAACCGACACCUCGUCACCCGUCAGGGCUAUACUGACCUUUCCUUCUGCAGCGUCUUUCGCAUUCCACCUGCUCCUCGCCGUCGGAAACGCAAGACCCGAGAAGACGAUGUCGUCGCUCGCUUGAAGCACUACGAGGACUUGCUUCGUGAUCAAGGCAUCGAUCCAACCACCCCAUCUACUACUCCCAGCAAAGUUGACACGACCUCUCCCCUUGACGACGGCGACAAUUCCAGCACGUCGGUAUCUAAGCCCACAGAGCCUCCGUGGACGUCAGGUUCACUCCAAGGAAGAUUAAUCAUUGACCAGGGGAGAUCUCGAUUCAUUCAAAAUAAACUAUGGACUACGGUCAGCGAAGAGCUCCAUCACAGUAGAGAUGUCAUCCAGGAUACUGAGAGCGAGGAUGAAUUGGAUGCUCUUGACGACAGGACUGACUUCGUCCUCGGGGUGACACCAUACCCCACUCAGACAUCGAGCCUGCACCCAAGUCCCGAUCAUAUGUUCAAACUGUGGCAGAUUUUCCUCACAAACGUCAACCCAUUGGCGAAGAUCGUCCAUCAACCCACCCUACAGCGUACCCUGGAGGAUGCCAUUCAGGACAUAGACCAUAUACCCCGUGGGCUUGAAGCCCUCAUGUUUGCUAUCUACGGUGCCGCUGUCCUUUCCAUGCGUGAUGGCGAAUGUGAAGCAAAUUUUGGCGAGUCUCGUGCAAGUUUACAAUCUAGAUACAGGUUAGGAAUCCGCCGGGCUUUGACAAAGGCACGAUUUAUGGCGACUUCCGAUAUCGUUGUCCUACAAGCACUCGUCAUUUAUCUUCUCACUACGCGUCAAGUCUUGGACGCUCGCACCCUAUGGACGCUAUCAGGCGUUGCAAGUCGUAUAGCCCAAGGCUUGGGUGUCCAUCGAGACGGCACCGUCCUUGGCCUUCCUCCGUUUGAGACGGAAAUGCGCCGCCGGCUUUGGUGGCAAAUCAACCUGCUUGACUUCCGGGCGGCUGAGCUGAGUGGUUUUGGCGGCAUGUCGGAAGUCAACUGGUGGAACACCAAGGUGCCGUCAAACGUCAAUGACGUGGAUAUUUGGCCAGGCAUGAAAGAACCCCCUGUUGAGCACACUCGGCCCACAGAGAUGGUGGUCUGCUUGCUUCACUAUUCAGUUGGCGCCUUCUGGAGGCGAAAGCUCUUGCAAGCAGGCACUGCUGAAGAGGACCUUACUCGAGCUCUGCAACGUUGGGUAGCAACAAAAACGAUGCCCGAAAAGGAUGCGUUCGUUGAUGAAUUCCAGGCUGACUUGGAAGAAAAGGUGUUGAGAUAUUGUGACCCUGCCAUGCCACUCGAGAUGAUGGCUUUGAUCAUUGGCCGUACAAUGUGCAAAGGCAUUAGAUUCAUGGCACACCACCCUCGGCGCUACGCAAGCGAGAAAGAUAUCCCUGACAGUGAACGCCAAUUUCUAUGGACAACAAGCAUGGCGUUGAUGGAGGCCGAUAACCUUGCGCAUUCCCAUCGAUCGCUGCAAAGAUUCAGCUGGCAUAUCGACGCAGGGUUCCAGUGGCAUUCCUUCAUAUUUGCGUUGGGAGAACUGAUAGCCCGGCCGACUGGCGACGGUAAGGACGAUGCUUGGAUUCAGAUUGAGGACAUCUUUAAGAACCAUCCAACGUAA